AUGGGUCGUCAACAGAGGAAACAAGACCGCCAAGCGCGCAAAAAGACGAAAAUCACCGCCACCCAUUCCCAUUCCACCGGUUCUCACCUCUCUAUCGGAAAACAAACUUGCAAUGCAUCCUUCGUUUUCAACAAGAACCAAUUCUCCUCGCUCAUCAACAAAGGCAAACAACGCCAACUGCAACAAGAACAGGCAGCUGCUCAACGAAGAGGGGGAACGCUUACCGAACAUGUAUCCACCCUUGCCGAAGGGAGUAGUAUCAGAAAGGAUCUCGCUUCCGCUGUUGCCAACUCCAACUCUACGCUUCUCCAAGACACCACUCCAGCAGAGGAGCAAGCAGAUGCAACAUUCAUGCGAGAACUAGACCCGACUUUGACAGGAAGGAGGGAUAGCAGCAUCAAAGCGUACAUGCGAGAGCUUCGAAAGGUAGUCGAUAAUGCAGAUGUCCUUCUCCAAGUACUCGAUGCUCGUGAUCCACUCGGAUGCAGAUCUUUGCAGACGGAAAGGAUGUUGAUGCGGGCAGGCAAAAAGAUCGUCCUCAUCCUAAACAAGAUCGAUCUGGUACCCAAGAGUAAUGUCGAAGCAUGGCUCAAGUAUCUUCGGCACGAUUUCCCCACACUCGCAUUCAAAGCUUCCACUCAAUCCCAACGGAAUAAUCUCUCGCAGGGAGCGAACGCCGUCAACUACUCCAAGACCUCUUCUUCUAUCGACGCUAUCACCGGCGGAAGCGAGGCCAUCGGCGCAGGAGCACUUGUCGAGCUCAUCAAAAACUAUUCUCGAAGUUUGAACCUCAAAACAUCCAUCGCCGUCGGUGUAUUUGGUGCUCCGAACGUCGGCAAGUCCUCUCUGAUCAACUCACUCAAACGCGCACGGGUUUGCAGUGUCGCCUCUACACCAGGUCACACUAAGGUGGUACAAAGCGUUAUGCUGGAUAAGUCGGUGCGCCUGCUCGACUGUCCAGGGAUUGUAUUCUCGGAUGAAUCAGCCUCUGGUGCCGCAUCACUCGGUUUGAGCCCGGACGAGGUUCGAAUUCGACGACAAUCGGCGCUAUUACGAAACGUGAUCAAAGUAGAACUGGUAGAAGAUCCGAUUACACCAGUCGAAGCAAUCAUGGCUCGAGUCGAACCGGACCACUUGAGCGAGCUAUACGGGUUGCAAUGGUUCCAGCCGGGAGAUGCGCAGGAUAUGUUGAUGCGCAUUGCCGUUCAGAGAGGUAGAAUGGCAAGAGGGGGGAAAAUUGAUAUUGAGGGUACGGCGAGGAGUGUACUGCACGAUUGGAACGUGGGGAGGAUCAAGUAUUACAGCCAGCCGCCGGCUUUGCAUCGCUCAGCUAUCCUAACAGCUGACAACCCUGAUAAAGCGGAAAGGGGGACGCAAGGGGAGCGAGAAGGAGGAGUGGAGAACAAGUUAGCUGAGAGUACGACGAUUCUGAGUGGAUUUAGCGAGGCGUUUGAUUUGGCCGGAUUGCUGGGUGAGGCCGACGCAGAAGUGUUUGGUGUUGGGACGGGUGAAGCUAGUGGGCCGUUACCUGAACCUCCCGCUCCCCGAAUCGCACCCUUGGAAGAGGAGGAAGAGAAGGAGGAGGAGGCAAUUGAGGAUGAUCACGCACCCCCCGCUGCCGCCAAAACCGUCCCUUGGUCGACCGCUUCGCCUGUAGUAGGGGAUGCAUCCCAUCGUUCAACACUGGGCAAACGAUCUCGUCGAUCAUCCUCGAUCUCGUCUGCUGGCGAGGAUAGCGAUGAUGACUUCCCCUCUCGUACUAUCGCUGUUCCUGGCCUAGACGCAGACGAUGACGACGAUGAUGCAUCAUGCGGUAUCCUACCCUCUUCCACCCUUCCCCUUGAAGAGGCGGGGGUAGGUGGAGGAGAAUGGAACGACAAGCUCACUGCCAAAGCCUCUUGUAAGCGUGCGGCUGAACCCUCUCUGGCAUUCUCACCAGAAGAACUCGCCCAAAUGGCACAACCCACCGGCGCAGCUCGGCGCAAACUUAAAAAGCUGAAAAAGCGUGCAGACAAAGCAGGCGCUGGCCUCGUGGUCAAGUUACAGGAAUCGAAACUGGACGAAGAGAUGGAUGAGAAUACCACCAAUGCGGAAAUGGCAGUCAACGGGAAAGGGAUCGGCGGCGGCAUGUUUGGUAAUAUUACUCUACCCGAGAAGAAGAAAAACAAAGGAGGCGGUGGGAUAGCAAAAAAGACAGGAAGCAUGUUUGACAUCUUGAUGGAGGGUCAAAACAUGGAUUCUGAUGAGGAGGCGGAAGGGGAAAAGGCAGCACGGGCAGCAGCAGUUGUCGCUUCGACUGCGCAAGAUUACGAGCAAGAGCUCUGA